AUGAUUGAAAAAAUGGAGACUGAAGAAAAUGAAACUCCAGACAUUACUCCCUCUGACCAAAAUAUGGAGGAUGAAUUGCGAAGCGAAGCAACGUUUCAAUUAAGAAUUGAAAAUUUCAGUAAAAUGUCCGAGACUAUCCUUUCGGAAGCACAUUACGUGAGAGGACUUCCCUGGAAAAUAAUGGCAAUGCCAAGAUCAUCAAAUGAUAAGGACAAAAGUUUAGGAUUUUUUCUCCAAUGUAAUGCCGAUUGUGAUUCAAACUGGAACUGUUCAGCGACAGCUGAUCUCCGUCUAUUGAGUUUCAAGAAAGACAUACAGCCGGUCUCGAGAAAGAUUAAGCAUGUCUUUUACAAUAAAGAAAAUGAUUGGGGAUUUUCGACAUUUCAAUCGUUUACCGACAUUCUGGAUGCUGAGAAGGGAUACAUACAGAAUGAUACAAUCAUUCUUGAGGUACAUGUACAGGCUGAGGCACCGCACAAUGCAUAUUGGGACUCAAAGAAAUUAACAGGAUAUGUUGGCCUUAAGAAUCAGGGAGCAACGUGCUAUAUGAAUUCUCUGUUACAGACACUCUACUUUACAAAUGAACUCAGAAAAGCCGUCUAUAAAAUGCCAACAGAAGCUGACGAUAGCAGUAAAUCUGUUGCACUUGCUCUGCAGAGGGUUUUUCAUGACCUGCAAUUCUCCAAUAAGCCUGUUGGAACCAAAAAACUCACAAAAAGUUUUGGCUGGGAGACAUUAGACUCGUUUAUGCAGCACGACGUUCAAGAAUUUCUCCGUGUCCUUCUCGACAAGCUCGAGAUCAAAAUGAAAGGAACUUCCAUUGAAGGGACAAUACCGAAGCUGUUUGCCGGCAAAAUGAUAUCGUACAUAAAGUGCAAGCACGUCAGCUACAAGAGCACUAAAACAGAGACAUUUUAUGAUAUUCAAUUAAAUAUUAAAGGGAAAAAGAACGUUUAUGAGUCUUUUGAAGAUUACGUAUCGACGGAAAUUCUCGACGAUGAGAAUAAAUAUGAUGCAGGCGAAUAUGGAUUACAGAAGGCCGAAAAGGGUGUCAUUUUUGCAUCAUUACCUCCCGUUUUGCAUUUACACUUGCUCCGAUUCCAAUACGACCCCAUGACUAACAACUCAGUCAAGUUUAACGAUCGUUUUGAGUUUCAAGAGAAAAUCAAUUUGGAUAAGUAUCUCGAGAAGCCUGAAGAGACACCAGCAAAUUACAUUCUUCAUGCUGUACUCGUUCAUUCUGGUGAUAAUCACGGUGGUCAUUAUGUAGUCUUUAUUAAUCCACGAGGCGAUGGAAGUUGGUGUAAAUUUGACGAUGACGUUGUAUCUGCCGUACCAAAAACCGCAGCAAUUGAUCAAAAUUAUGGUGGUACUGAAGACGACUUCAUGCUAAAUGUACGAAACUGUACAAAUGCUUAUAUGUUAGUCUAUGUGCGCGAAUCAGCGAUGAAGACAAUUCUACAGGAUAUCACAGAAGAAGAUAUUCCAUCGGAACUGAAUGAGAAGUUAACUGAAGAAAAGCGUUUAGAAUUAGCAAAAAGAAAGGAGCGAAAUGAAGCAUCAAAUUAUAUUAACGUUAAUGUGAUCCUUGAAGAUUAUUUUGAUGGUCAUCAUGCAAAUGACUUAUUUAAUCCCGAAAUUGCACACUAUCGAUGUUUUAAAGUCAAACAGAACUCAACACUAAACGAUUUGGUCUCAUUGAUACAAAAUACAUUUAAGGUGCCACCACAAAAAAUGCGUUUAUGGUCAUUCUCCUAUUUGGGACAUGGCGGAAGUCAAAUGUAUCACCAUAACUCGGCAUCUGGAAAUUUAUUGUCCAAUGGACUAUUCCAUGUUGACAUAACUGAUCCCGAUGCAUUAAAUAAUCCAAUUACGUACUUGUCGCGUGAUCAUAAUCCAUGGACAGUUUAUUUAGAAAUGCCACCGCCCGAUAAUGAAAGUGCUUCAUUACCACCAUAUGCACCAAAUGUCCACAUUCUUGUAUUCUUCAAAUAUUACGAUCCAGUUAAUAAAAGCUUAACAUAUGUUGGCUCACGAAUUGUCGUACAUGAUGAGAAGCUGACAGACUUGGCACCAGAUUUAAAUAAAUUAAUUGGAACUCCAUCGGACACAGCACUUGAUUUUUAUAAAUAUAAAUCAAAGGUUGAUCCAAACUUGCAAAUAUCCUCGAUCGCUAAGAACGGCGAAAUAUUGAUUUUUGAACGUACCGAGAAAUUACCGAAUUUGGAACUGCCGACUUAUGCUGACUAUUAUAACGAUCUUCAAUAUCGCGUUGAUGUCACUUUCAUCGAUAAAAAUAUUCAAAAUGAUAAUGGAUUUACUAUUGAACUUUCAUUUAACUCUACUUAUGAUCAAAUGGCUAAGGCCGUUGGCCAGCGAAUUAACGUAGAUCCAUACGAGAUUCAAUUCUUUAAGAGCAUCAACUACAAAGAUACGCCAGGCCCGGCAAUUCCGGGAUCAUUUGAUGGACAGCUUAAGGAUUUAUUGCAAGGUAAAUCGAAAAAUAGCAAACGAUUCUUAUUCUAUCAAAGACUAUCGAUGAACAUCAACGACUUGGAAGAUAAGAAACCAUUCAAGUGCAUGUUCCUGUUGCCGAAUAUGAAAGACAUGAAGGAAGUGACAUUAUAUCCACACAAGAAUGGAACUGUAAAGACGUUAUUAGAGGAAGCAGCGAAGGUUGUAAAAUUUAGCGAGAACAGUACCCGACAAUUGCGCAUUUGUGAGCAGCACAGCUCAAAGCUUCUAUGGCCAAGUCCACCUGAUACGACUUCGUUAGAUAAAUUACAAAUUUAUAGCGAAUCGGCAAGUCAAACGUCAACGCAAAAGUUUUUGCGUAUUGAGGAAAUUCCGAUGGAUGAGAUGAAUCUUGAUGAUCAAGUUGAGGCAUUAGUUCCGGUAAUUCAUUUCCAUAAGAACCUCUUCACGACCUUUGGUGUACCGUUAUUGAUAAAAAUAUGCGAUCAAGAGACAUAUAAGGAUGUAAAAAAUCGAAUUCAAAAGAAAUUAAGUAUAUCACAGUACGAGUGGGAGAAAUAUAAAUUGGCAAUUAUUCAAAAUAAAUCAGCUAAUCCAGUUGAUGAUAACGAUAAAGUAAUAUUGGAAAAGUUCCAAGGACCAGAAGAGGGUCAACGUUGCUUUUUAGGACUAGAUCAUGCAAACAAGAGCGCUUAUCCAACAACUAAAUUAAAUAUCUUUGAAAAGUCGAUCAAGAUUUACAAUUAA